AUGGAUAAAUCGACGAUAAACCGAAGUGCUUUGAAUGUAGUGACAAAUCAACCAGCGCGAAAACCUUCGAACCAAAAUGAUCUACUUGCAAAAAUUCGACCUAAACCAAUCAAUAAACCGAACUUAGUCCAACAACUCACCCAAUCAACGACUAUUCAGGUCUCUUCAGGGUUAAAAAUACUGAAUACACGAAUUCAAUCUAAUGCUGAUCCAUCCUAUCAACCAUUAGUAAUGAUUAGUGAUGAUGAUGACGAUGAUAAUCAUUCUAACGAAGAAGAUUUCGUCUCACCCGUGCAUAGAUUGACACGAAAUGAAUUACGUGAAGAAUUACGAGCGUUUCGUCAACAUGAAGAUUCAACUAAUAAUAGCACAAAUCAUGCUUUACUUGCCAAUGGCAAUGAUGAUGAUGAUGACGGCGACGUAGGUGAUAUCGAAUUUCGGACUCAUCAAGUCGUCAAUCGUACUGUUUGUUGUUCUCAAAAUCCAUUCUCAUGCAGGAUGAAUUCUUGCGUUAUAUCAUAA